GGAAAGCCCCCACCCGUAUCGAUAAGCUCCGAAAAAAAGAUUCGACGACCAGCGCCACUACCUACACCACCGGUCGUCCUGCACUUCUUUUUCCUGGUAAACAGGGGCAGCUGCCAAACCUGUGUCUCAACACACGAUAACCGCCAAGAUGCCCUCCACAUACAAGAAAGAAAAGCCAUGGGAUACAGACGACAUCGACAAGUGGAAGAUUGACACAUUUACCCCCGCAGACAACGCUGGAGGCACCUUUGCUGAAGAAUCGUCCUUUGCGAUCGUCUUCCCCAAGUACCGCGAAGUCUACCUCAAGGAGGCAUGGCCUCUCGUCACAAAGGCCCUCGAGAAGACGGGCAUCGCCUGCUCUCUUGACCUUAUUGAAGGUUCCAUGACCGUCAAGACGACAAGAAAAACAUAUGACCCCGCUGCAAUUCUCAAUGCCCGUGACCUCAUCAAGCUCCUCGCCCGAAGCGUUCCCGCGCCGCAGGCGCUCAAGAUCCUCGAAGACGGCGUCGCCUGCGACGUCAUCAAGAUCCGCAACCUGGUGCGCAACAAGGAGCGCUACGUCAAGCGCCGCCAGCGCAUCCUCGGCCCUAACGGCUCGACCCUCAAGGCGCUUGAGCUUCUCACUCAGACCUACAUCCUUGUGCAAGGCAGCACCGUCUCCGUCAUGGGGCCCUUCAAGGGUCUCAAGGAGGUGCGCCGCGUCGUCGAAGACUGCAUGGCCAACAUUCACCCCAUCUACCACAUCAAGGAACUCAUGAUCAAGCGCGAGCUUGCAAAAGACCCGGAGCUCGCCAAUGAAAGCUGGGACCGCUUUCUGCCCAAUUUCAAGAAGAAGACGCUCAGCAGCAGACGCGUGCCGCUUAAGGUCACCGACAAGACCAAAAAGGUCUACACCCCGUUCCCCCCCGCUCCCGAGAAGAGCAAGGUCGACAAGCAGAUCGAGACGGGCGAGUACUUUUUGGGCAAGGAGGCCAAGGCCAAAGCCGCCCAGGCCGAGCGCAUGGAGCAGCAGAAGCAGAAGAAGGUCGAGAGGUUGCGCGAGAGGGAAAAGGAGUACAUACCGCCCGAAGAGCUGGGCCACAAGAGGAAGAAGAGAAAGAAGAGCGAGGACGACGAGUGAAGGGUGCAGGCCAGAGAAGGCAUGCGGGACGAGGGCGUGGAGGAAAGCGUGUGCGUGUUGUAGACCCGGGUAGAUGCCUGCAUUGCAUCUGCGAGCAGAAAGGGGGUCGUCACGUACAUAGGUGAGGUGUUAGCUCACCCAAGAUACCCUUCCAUUCAUUGAGAGUUCAGGAGCCUUCUCACAUGUACAGUGGCGAUCUGCUUAAAAUUACACCGCCUCGCGAUCUGUAUAUCAAACAAAAGCGAAAUGUCACAAUAAUGGGAAAGCACUGAUGUGUAACGCGGUUGCCUUGAGAGACUGAUAGUGUCGACUACCUAAGUACCGAUGUUGGGUGAACCAAACUGGCUACAUCAGCGUCCGUCCUCUUCUUGCCUGAUUCCUCUCCAUGGCCUUUCUCUUUUCGUGUCCGAACCAAGCACACCAAAUUCCCGCCAUAGGGCAAAGGGUUUGAUCUGUCUGGCCAAACUUUCAGUUGAAAGAGGGGGCAUCUCUCGGACGAGGCCCAUGUCGCUUGCCUAUGCGGACGAGCAGUUGCAGUGGUAGGUGGGCGGAUAUCAGCCCUCGUCCCAUUUCUUGCCACAGGGCGAGUGAACUGUCGGCUGAAGCAGAGGUGUUCAGAUGGCGGUCGCGGUCGAUGCCGGCGCUCUCGACAAGCUCGUAACAGAGGUCGCGCUCGAUGGGGAUAAUCGUGUGGCCGUACCGGAGUGCAUCCUCCUCGGUGGUGUCCAGAGGAUUGUCGUAAGGGAAGCUCCUCGGGGCCGAGUGAGAGCCGCUGGAGCGCUCGAGUUGGAGAACAAUUUGGCGAUGUGUACUUCCGUGGGGUGAGGGGUCUCGAUAGUGUCAUUGGAGCGGCGAGGUCGACACUCGCAAGGAGCGCCCACAUGAGUGCUGAGACGAUGAGUGUGGUUUUAAUGACAUACUAGGGAGACCAGACUCAGAUUGCUUCUGCAAAGCGUUUGUGUGAACAUUCAGACUUGAUUUACAUUAGUGAUGUGGGAGUUCAUGAGUGAGAAGGCGAAAGACGAAGGUGAAGCUAGUAUGAGUAUGGUUUAUCUUAUCGAUAGCCCUGAG